AUCGAUGGUAUUCUUCUCUUUGUGAAACCCUAGCAUCGUUGCAGCCGCUCAAGCUCAUAUCAUUCCUUCUUCCGCGGUCUGUUGUUGCCGUGUUCAUCGCAGAAGAUGAAGUUCAACAUUGCGAACCCGACAACUGGUUGCCAGAAGAAGCUCGAGAUCGACGAUGACCAGAAACUCCGGGCUUUCUUUGACAAGAGGAUCUCUCAGGAAGUCAGUGGAGAUGCCUUGGGAGAGGAGUUCAGAGGAUACGUGUUCAAGAUCAUGGGAGGAUGUGACAAGCAGGGUUUCCCAAUGAAGCAAGGAGUUCUCACUCCUGGACGUGUCCGCCUUCUGCUUCACCGAGGCACCCCUUGCUUCAGAGGAUACGGUAGGAGAAACGGAGAACGCAGGAGAAAGUCUGUCCGUGGGUGCAUUGUGAGCCCCGAUCUCUCAGUCUUGAACCUGGUUAUCGUCAAGAAGGGUGAGAACGACCUUCCCGGGUUAACUGAUACCGAGAAGCCGAGAAUGAGAGGACCGAAAAGGGCCUCAAAGAUCCGCAAGUUGUUCAACCUCUCCAAGGAGGACGAUGUGCGGAAGUACGUCAACACUUACCGUCGCACCUUCACAACCAAAUCCGGCAAGAAGGUCAGCAAGGCCCCCAAGAUCCAGCGGCUGGUUACUCCAUUGACCCUCCAGAGGAAGAGGGGGAGAAUUGCGGAUAAGAAGAAGAGAAUCGCAAAGGCGAAUGCUGAUGCGGCUGAGUAUCAGAAGCUUUUGGCGACCCGCUUGAAGGAGCAGAGGGAGCGUCGCAGUGAGAGUUUGGCCAAGAAGAGGUCGAGGCUCUCUUCUGCUGCCUCCAAGCCAUCUGUUGCUGCUUAAAUCACUUCGCUCUGAGAGAUUUCAGUCUGAUCUGAUCUGAUUUUGGCCAUCUGUUGGAUUACAGUUAUUUUCAAAAGAGACUCCGUGAGAAUUUUGAACCUCGGUUUUUUUUUUCGCUUGUUGCAUUUUCAGGAAGACAGCUUGUUGUCAGUUAUAUUGGUGGUUCGUGCUAA